UGGGAGUGCUGGAGGAGCGAGAGCACAUUCGAGUCUGGUGGAAGCAGCGGGAACACGAUCCACUUGGCCGAGAGAUCCAUGCACUUACGUGGAGCCACGCGAGAAGGCUGAAAAGUCUGCGCACCACCUCAGAGAAAAUUCCAAAGAACAAGAGGGAGGAAGACUGCCCUCGUCCAAUCAAAAAGCUUCUGUAUUCUCAGAGCAGCAGAAACCCAGAGACCAGCGUUUUAAGGAUCAAUUUCAGCUUUACUCUCACGGUGCAGAGUCACCUGGGCACAAGAACAAAGUCCUCACAGAAAAGGUGUGAGCAGACAGUAGCGGGCAGGUUUGUUACCGGCAUGCCACUGGCAAAGCAGCUUUACAGGGCCACUGAGCCCACAACAAGCUGGAUCCUGGCUUUGGCUUUGAUUCUUGCUCUACAGGGUGCCGCUCGCGCUGCUCCAUCAGGCGACAACAAGCUGGUUCGAACCACCAGRCUGAGGAGGCAAACCCCAGGGGGGGAUCAGCCACCCUCUGCUUCGUCACUCAACCAGACCCUGCGGGAGCAACCUCUAGUCUUUAACCAUGUCUACAACAUUAAUGUACCCUUGGAGUCUCUGUGCUCAGUUGACCUGGAUGCCUCUGCAUCACCAGAAUCAGAUUCUCAUGCUGAGUUGGGAUCCAGGCCUUCAGUGGAGGGCCCAGUGGAUCCAAACGGACCAACAGAAUACACUGAGCAGACAAUGGAUGCUGAAAGCCAGGUAACAUUCACUCAUCGUAUCAACAUCCCAAAAGCAGCUUGUGGUUGUCCAGCAAUAAGUGCAAUUCAGCAGCUUAUCACCAGAGUGGAGAUGUUGGAGAGAGAGGUGUCCAUGCUCAGAGCUCAGUGUGCAUCCGGAUGCUGCGGAGAGGGCUCUGCCAUGGGACGGUUGGAUUUUGUCCCUGGAUGCAGCGGCCACGGAAGCUUCAAUUUUGAUUUGUGUGGCUGCAUUUGCGAAGAAGGCUGGACUGGCAAAAACUGCUCGGAGCCCCGUUGUCCGAAUGACUGCUCCGGUCAGGGCGUGUGUAUCGAAGGGGAGUGUGUYUGUGACCGGGACUUUGGUGGCGACAACUGUUCAGAGCCCCGCUGCCCCUCGGACUGCUCGGGCCGUGGUUUGUGUAUCGACGGAGAGUGCGUGUGCGAGGAGUCCUUCACGGGCGAAGACUGCAUGGUCGGACGGUGUCUUAAUGACUGCUCGGAUCAGGGGCUGUGCGUUAACGGGUCCUGCCAGUGCCGGCCCGGCUACGUGGGAGAAGACUGCUCACUGGUGUACUGCGCCAACAACUGCAGCAAGAAGGGGGUCUGCAAGGAGGGCUUCUGUGUAUGCCAGGAUGGGUUCGCUGGAGAUGACUGUAACUCAGUGGCACCAGCCAUGAACCUGAACAUACGAGGGGUAACGGAUCAAACCGUUGACCUGGAAUGGGAGGGCUCUGUCAUGGUGACAGAUUACUUAGUGACCUACACACCAAGCAGCCCUGGUGGUGUGCAGCUAGAGAUAAGGCUUCCAGGAAACACAACCUCAUGGACGAUCUCAAGGCUGGAAGCAGGCAUAGAGUACAACAUCAAUGUGUUCGCCGUCAUCAACAACACAAUCAGCGUUCCUGCCAGUCUUACAGUUUGGACCUAUCUCUCCAAUCCAGAUGGUUUAGUCUUCAAAUCCAUCACAGAGACGUCGGUGGAGGUCCAGUGGAAACCGUUCUACUAUUCCUUUGAUGGAUGGGAGAUCAGCUUCAUCCCCAAGGACAAUGAUGGAGGCAUGACAGCUCAGCUGCCCAGCACCAUCACCUCAUUUGUACAAACUGGUUUGAGGCCAGGAGAGGAGUACGCCGUGAACCUUGUGGCGCUCAGAGACCAGGGCCGAAGCCAGCCGGUCACAGCUACAUUCACAACAUUGAUUGAUGGACCCACACAGCUGAUUGUGCGAGAUGUAUCAGACACAGUAGCUUUUGUGGAGUGGAUGCCGCCAAAAGCAAAGAUUGAUCAGAUUGUACUGGGUUAUGGCCUAGCAGGAGGAGAGGGGCCACGGACCACCUUUCGCCUCCAACCCACACUUACCCAGUACUCUCUUCAGGUUCUGCGGCCCGGCUCUCGGUACGAGGUGUCCGUGAGCGGAGUGAGGAAGGGAAACGAGAGCGGAUCUAUUUCCACUGAAUUUACAACCGCUUUAUCGUUCUUCUCAGAGAUCGAUGCCCCAAAGAACUUACGGCUCRUCUCCAAGACCUCCACUACCCUCGAGCUUGAAUGGGAUAACAGCGAGGCUGAGGUGGAGGGCUACCAGGUGGUGUACAGCACUUUAGCUGGAGAUCAGUACGAUAAAGUCAUUGUACCACGCAAUGAGGGCGCCACCACCAAAACUACUCUCACAGAUCUGCUGCCGGGCACAGAGUACGGCAUCGGCAUCUCCGCCAUGAAGGAUGGCAACCAGAGUACACCGGCCACAAUGAACGCUAGGACAGAUCUAGAUGUUCCCCUGGAUCUCACUGUGACCGCUUCCACUGACAACACCAUCACUCUGGUGUGGGGUGUGGUCCAGGGUCCGAUCGACCACUACAGGGUCACCUACACUUCUUCUUCUGGCAUCACAACUGAGCUGACAGUGCCCAAAGAGAUAACCACUACCACUCUGACAAAUCUUGAGCCUGGAACUGAGUACACCAUCACUGUAGCAGCAAGAAGAGGGAGACAGCAGAGCACAGUGGCAACCAUAGAUGCCUUCACAGGAAUCAGACCUGUGACCMACCUCUACGUGUCAGAGGUGACUUCAGACUCUGUGUUAGUGGCAUGGACCGCCCCAGCACCUCCCGCUGACCUCUUCAUUCUGAGCUACAGCUCUGCAGACGGGACUGACACCUCUAAGGUGACACUGGAUGGCUCCAAGACGAGGUCACUAGUCCAGGGCCUUCUGCCAUCCACUUACUACACCAUCAGUCUAAUCACAAUACAGGGGGAUGUUACCUCCGAGCCCAUUACGGCAUCACUCACUACAGGCAUGGACCCACCAAAAGAGCUGACAAUGUCCGAUGUGACUGAGGAUGCAGUGACAAUUUCUUGGAUCAAGCCUCUCGCUCCAUUUGAAUACUACAAGCUCUCCUACCAGUCAGCCAGAGGUCGGGUGGACAGUGAGAUGAUUGACAGUGAUGUGACAAACUACACRUUGUCCAACUUGUUUCCUGCCACUGAGUAUAAGAUCAGCAUCAGUGCUUUCAGAGGGAGUCAGGAGAGCAAAGUUGUCAGCACAUCGGUGUUCACAGCGAUGGAUAUGCCUGCUGAGCUGACAGCCCUCAACAUCACUCCACAAGGAGCCUUGCUGAGGUGGAUUCCUCCCCUGUCCAUCGUGGACAACUACGUGCUGACUGUCACACAUAACCAGCUGACAGCUGAUACGUUCCUGGUGGAAGGCAACAAGCAGGAGCACCAGCUUUCCAAUCUCAAGCCAAGCACAACCUACUCGGUAUCCCUGUAUGCAACGAAAGGACCCCUCACAAGCGGCACUGUCAUCACCAACCUCCAAACACCCAUGGAUGCACCUGUGAACCUGACAGCCAGUGAGGUGAACCACCGCAGCGCUCUCAUAUCCUGGCAACCGCCAGUCACAGAGAUUGACAAUUACAUGCUCACCUACAAGACACCUGAUGGUAGUCGUAAAGAGCUGAUCCUUGAUGCAGAGGAUACUUGGGUUCGGCUGGAGGGAUUGGCUGAGACGACAGAGUACUCCGUCAAACUUCAGGCUGCAAGAGGACUCGAUACCAGCGCUGUGGUUUCCACCACUUUUACCACAGGGAGUCGUCUGUUUGCAACACCUCAGAACUGUGCCCAACACCUGCUGAACGGAGAGACUCUGAGUGGCGUCUACACAAUUUACAUCAACAGGGACCCGAGCCAGGGUGUGCAGGUGUACUGUGACAUGACCACAGAUGAAGGAGGCUGGAUUGUAUUCCAACGCCGUCAAAAUGGCCUGACAGACUUCUCCAGGAAGUGGAGCGACUAUCGAGUUGGAUUUGGAAAUCUGGAGGAUGAGUUUUGGCUUGGUCUUGACAACAUCCAGAAGAUUGCUGUUCAGGGCCGCUAUGAGCUGAGAAUUGACAUGAAAGAUGGACAGGAAUCAGUCUAUGCUAAUUAUGACAAGUUCUCUAUUGGCGAUGCAAGAAACCUCUACAAGCUAAGGAUAGGAGAGUACAAUGGCACUGCUGGUGAUUCUCUCAGCUACCAUCAGGGCCGACCCUUUUCUACUAAAGACAGAGACAAUGACAUUGCUGUCACAAACUGUGCCUUGUCUUACAAAGGAGCCUGGUGGUACAAGAACUGCCAUCGGGCCAACCUGAACGGCAAAUACGGCGAGUCCAGACACAGCCAGGGUAUCAACUGGUACCACUGGAAAGGCCACGAGUUCUCCAUUCCCUUUGUUGAGAUGAAGAUGAGGCCGUUCAACUUCCGUAGCAUCAGCAGCAAGAGGAGACGAUCUGCCCCUGAAUAAACAGACCCCCCCCACCCCCACCCCACCCUGCCCAGGUCAGAGUCAGAGAUUUAACAGAGUUUGGAUGAUGGUGUUAAGUUUCUGCCGCCUGUGUGCCUCACUGAUGACAAAAGGCAGGCUGGAAUUAAACAUCACCAAUGCUUGUUUAACAAGGCUGCAAAAAGCAAACACAUAAUUAGUAUUAAUAUUUUCCUGAAGUCUGCUAAAACAAUUAAUUCAAACACUACCAGCCUGCUAUCGUAAUUAUUAAGAAUAAGAUUAGAAAGCAGCCUCUGAACACCGGUAAUCUCUGCACCUGGCAGGCGACAGCUGCCUUUUCCUGCUGUACUUCUACCCAAAUGAUAGAAGACAAUGUAUGUAAUUUAUUAACUGCUCUGAAUGACAAUGGUUCAACUUGCUGUAAAAAAAAAAGAAAGAAAAAAAGAAGAAGGGGAAGGCUAAAACCAAGACGCUUUGUUUUACAAUAAUCUGUGAUUUGCCUUUUCCUCUGAAUGCCUGGAAACGUGCUCAGAAAUGCCCUCGAGUGUGAGAGUUAGUGCUAUUUUAACUAAUACAACUUUACACUUUUAACUCGAAAAAAAAACAUACUGUAUAUGCCCUAAACCUCUUAACUGUAAUAUAUCUAUAUUUUUAUAACUAAUGUUGUGACAGAGUCCAUUUAUUCAAUCUGAUUUGAUGCCUUGGUUUUUGAGCCUUGAUUGAUUUAACCUAAAUAUGAUGAUAAAUACUGGACUUGGAUUAAAACUAACACAUAAAAAAUAAGAUCCAGAAUUGUCAUUUAAAAAGCAGUUCACCAGCAACAGCUUCAUUGCCUUCUGCUUUAUUUAUGUUACGUCUACUGCUGACUAAUUUGUGUUCAGUACAUAUUUAGGCAGAGUGAAAAUAACUACACUGAAACAGUAUUUGUUUUGACAGUGGAAGCACAGCAAGGCUAUUGUUCUUUCAGUUGAGUGAAUUUGUAUAGUUGUUCAUGGGCAUUAAAAAAAUCACUGGAUUUCUUUUUUUGAAAUAAAUAGCAGCUAGCGUUUUAACCCUGUUGUAAAUGUGGGGAUUGCUUGCAGAGAUGGUGCUAAUAGAUGGAACGUUUUACCAAAGAUCUGCAUUAAAAAAAAACUUGCUGAUUGAAAAGAGGCCAAGAAAUUUUAUUGUCUAAGUCACAACAACAGCUUUUCUUUCUAUCACUAGACAAUAGUUCUACCUUUUGGGAUGUUUCAUAGUAUUUGUGUGUCCCAGCCUUUGUUUUUUUAAACCCUGCAGACGGUGAGGGAGAGUUUAGCAGAGUUUAGACUGGCUUCACUUCCCCCAUUUCCUGAAAUGAACUUGACACAAAAAAAAAAGGCAGAACAGAAGGUGGAGUGAAGCCAAAGUCUCCCAUUCACCAUUUAAGCUUCUCAGUGAAAUGAAACAAUCAAGGGGGAAGCUGCUGGGAAUGUGUUCGUUUUAAACAGAGGAGGGCGUUAAUCUGCAGCAUUCGGGGUCAGUCGGCUGCAGCUUUCUGGAAAUGGUUCUGGUCUCCAAGACAAACCAUGCACAACUAAAUGAAAACACAAAUUAUAUUGUGCAAUUUAAUUUAUGGAACUAAUGUCACCAUCGCUGCAAGCAACAUUUGGUUUCAUGUACUGAAUAAUCUCUUUUUUGUCUUUCUCUUCUAUACUUGUUUAAUUGUUCCAUUAAACUAAUCUUACUGUGCAUAUUUUUUUUCUCAUUAGACUUGAAAACAAUAGUAACUCUGCCCUUAAUGACUUUCAAUAUAUGUAUGUAGAUAUGGCAUUUACCUGUCUUUUGUUGUGUUACUCCUUUAGCUGCAAACCAAUUCAGAAUGCCCUGUUAGCAUUUCUCUUUUAAACACUGUAUUUUUGACUACUGCUGUGCUAACGGUGGGAUGGAGUGUUCUGCAUGUCGAUUAAAACACAACCAAGAGCCUGAGUGUCAGAAACUUAUGUCCUGAGACCUCAUUCAGUUUGGCUCGUGUUUCUGUUUCUGUUGUAAGUCUGGGAGAAAGUUGUUCUUUAAAUGGCUUAUAAAGAUAGGAGAUUUCCUUGGUCAGCAAUUUUUUUUAUUGUCAAAAUAUUUCCGAUUUUCUCAUGCAAUAAAUUUUGAGAAGUGAUUUAGAGUAGAGUGUUCUCUCAGUAUUAUUUCAUUAAUAUAGAAGAUGUUUUUCCUCCUUGGGUUUUGUACAAGUGAACAAAGGUCAGGUGCUCUGUAGAAAAGAAAUAGUGUGAUUUGUGCUGUGGGACGUUCUCUCAUUGCACAAAGUGAGGUUUUUUUAAAUCCUACAAUUAAAGCUGUUUUAUUUCAAUUGAUCUUACUUUUUAAUGUUAACUUUCUUUGCUUUGCAUUGGUUUAAAAACCUCUAUUGCAUGGAAUUACCACAACAUUGUAUUGCACAUGUAAUAAAUAAAUUUAGUAGUAUUACACUUUAUUUUUCCUUUUAAGAUGUGAACCAGAAUAGAUCAUUUUGUAGUUUUUUUAUGCGCAUAAUGGGACUUAACAUUUCCAGGUCACAGGUUAAUAUACAGUAUAUGAACAAAGAGCUUUAGGUGGAAACACAGAAAAUUUAAGAAGCUCAAAAAACAUUUAAGGCUUAAAGAUAUUUAUGAAAAAUCACAUACGAUCCUAAAGGAAAGUUUAACACAGAUCAGUUUAGAGUCUGUAUAACGGCAUACAUUUACCAUUUGAAUUUAAAUGGGUUCCAGUGGCGUUUUCAUUUCAACCUCAGUGUUUAUAUUAGCAAAUGUGAGCUUGGCUGCCUUGCGCAUUUGUAACUAUUUUAAGUACGAAAUGAUCUAUUGUGCAAAUGUGUUUUAUUUUGGACACGCACCUCGAAUAAUUAAAAAAUGGCGCCUCAAAUAUAUAUAAUGUGACAUCAUUCCUCUUAGCUUCAGUUUCUUGGAAGGAGGGAAAGAUAAUGUGAAUUGGCUGUAUUUUGUCUGURUUUUUUUUUCCAGAAUGUAAAAUUUUAUCUGUUCAAUGUACUGUAUAACAUUGUUUUACAAGUCUUUACCCUGUCAUUUAAACUAAGACUGAGCCUCAAUGACCAGAUUGUGUUUAAACUCUAUCAUUGUUUGUACAGAAAACUUGUUUAAUUUAAUUCUACGUUGUUACUUUUUAUUUUUAUUUUUUUGUGACUGCAGCCACAUAAGGGCCAGUAUGUCAUUAAUAAGAAAAAAUCAACAAAUGAAGAAAUGGUUUUAUGUUCACAGCUUGAUCAGCUGAGAAUACGUGACUGCAGUCAAUCCUGAGAUCUUGCUGGCAUGGAAAUGUAAAUGUUAAAAUGUGGAUUUUGACUGUUUGAUAAGCUCGUAUAAGCUGACAUGAAUGACUGAUUGGUGGAUAACCUUGGAUAUUGCUGUCAAAUUUAGCUCUAGUUUAACUUAAACCUGUACUAUAUAGUUCCUUUUUUAAUACAUUUUCUACAUAUUAAUAAAAUUUUGAAAAUGAAUAAAA